AUGACCUUCCUCUCUCCCCCUGUGUCUCUACAGGCCAUUCGCUGCACUCUGGUGAACUGCACCUGUGAGUGUUUCCAGCCAGGAAAGAUCCACCUGCGUACAUGUGACCAGUGCAAGCACGGCUGGGUGGCUCACGCGCUGGACAAGCUGAGCACGCAGCACCUGUACCACCCCACCCAGGUGGAGAUAGUUCAGUCCAACGUGGUGUUUGACAUCAGCAGCCUGAUGCUGUACGGGACCCAGGCGGUGCCGGUCAGACUGAAGAUCCUGCUGGACCGUCUGUUCAGUGUUCUGAAGCAGGAGGAGGUGCUCCACAUACUGCACGGCCUGGGCUGGACCCUGAGGGACUAUGUCAGGGGUUACAUACUGCAGGAUGCUGCGGGCAAGGUGCUGGACCGCUGGUCCAUUAUGUCUCGGGAAGAGGAGAUCAUCACCCUGCAGCAGUUCCUUCGUUUCGGAGAGACCAAGUCCAUCGUGGAGCUGAUGGCCAUCCAGGAGAAGGAGGGUCAGGCGGUCACCGUGCCCUCCUCCAAGACCGACUCAGGCAUCCGGACGUUCAUCGAGAGCAACAGCACGGGACGUGGUCGAAGCCCAGGCCUCCUCAACCACAUUGAGACCAGCAGCCCGUCCAGCAUCCACCACUUUGAGAACAUCCCUAACAGUCUAGCCUUCCUGCUGCCGUUCCAGUACAUCAACCCUGUGUCGGCCCCCAUGCUGGGACUGCCCCCCAAUGGCCUGGCGCUGGAGCAGUCGGGCCUCCGGGGCCUCCACGACCGGGAUCGCGAGGCCAGCCUACCCAACCAGGGCGAGACGGUGGAGAGCAGCGAGUCCGAAGUAUCCCUCAGCCCUUUCCGCAGCAGCGGUCAGAGCCCCAGCCGCAUCGGAGCCCUGGGGGGCAUAAACAACGCCAUCGAGCCCAAACAGGAGCCCAACAACCGGGCAUCACCCAUCUCGCCCACUCCUUCUAACCAGCUGUCCCAGCAGCAGACGGAACAGCAGCAGCAAGGCCAGCAGCAGCAAGGCCAGGGGCAACCCGGGACCCCACGGCCUAGGUCCAACUCCCUCAACGACCACCAGGCCCACCACCACUUUGUGAAGAGCGAGCAGUCCAAGAGCAUUACCCACUCAUCCUUCUCCUCCAAGAUGCACCGCAUGCGCCGCAUGGGAGCCACCUCACGCAAGGGCCGUGUGUGCUGCAACUCGUGCGGAAAGACCUUCUACGACAAAGGUACGCUGAAGAUCCACUACAACGCCGUACACCUCAAGAUCAAGCACCGCUGCACCAUCGAGGGCUGCAACAUGGUGUUCAGCUCGCUGCGCAGCCGCAACCGCCACAGCGCCAACCCCAACCCACGCCUGCACAUGCCCAUGCUGAGGAACAACCGUGACAAGGACCUCAUCCGUGGGUCGGGCCCCGGCACGCCCGUCAUCUCCAGCGCCAAGAGCGGCUUCACCCUCACCAGUCCCGGACGGCCACCUCUGGGUUUCGCCACCCCGCCCCUGGACACCAUGCUCCAGUCACCCCUGCAGAGCCCACUGGUCUUCCCCUCCCUGAAGUCAGUGCAGCCCAUCCAGCCGGUGCCCCCUUUCUACCGUACGCUGCUGUCCCCACAGCACCUGGUCAGUCCUCCAGUGUCACUGCCCACCAGCCCCAUCCUGCCCUCCACCACCAACAACACCUCUCUGAUGGACCAGCAGCAUCAGCUCCUGGCUGCCGCCGCAGCCUCCCACAACGCCCACAAUAUGUCUUCUGAAGGUGGGCUAAUGUCCCACCACAGGCUGCCCACCUCCAGUAUCCCCCAGCAGGAUCCAGCUGCUGCCACCAACACGGACCCCACCCCCAAGAAGAAGCCCCGUAAGUCCAGCAUGCCGGUGAAGAUCGAGAAGGAGGUGAUUGACGUGGCGGACGAGUACGAUGAGGACAAAGACGACGAUGAUGACGACAGUUGUCACCACCACCACCACCACCACCCCUCCUCCCACCUCCACCACAACAACAUCAAUGGAAACCGCAACAACAACAACAGCAGAGGAGGGAACAACAACGGCCACCACAGCGGCGGCAGCGGGCACCAGUCCCCCUCCCAGGAUGAGAUGAGCCCAGGCCUGAUGAGGGGACACCUGAUGAGGCACGACCAGGACGACUGCCGGGGAGAGGGACCCGGAGGCGAGGGCGGCAGGGGCGAGAGGGGAGGCCCAGGCGGUGAGCUCCGCUGCAUGGACAGCUUCACCUCCGAGGACCAGGACCACGAGAGAGACUUUGAGAACGAUUCUGAGACUUCGGACUCCAAGAUGUUCUACCGCGAGGAGAUGAUGGAGGUGGAGGAGCAGCACCAGAGGCUGAGGCUCAACUCCUCCAGGAGCUCCAGAGUAGGAGGAGGCAACAACCUGGAAAAGGACCAGGAGGACCUGGAGGCCAGAGAUGAGGAGGCGCAGCUGAGGAAGGAGAUGGAAGACCCCAAGAGCCGCUCCUCACCCUCACCCCACCAGCCCGCCAUCAAGAUUAAGGAGGAGCUCAACGACCCCACCUACGACAUGUUCUGCAUGAGCCAGUACGGCCUCUACAACGGGGGCAUGGCGGCUGCUGCAGCCGCCGCCGCCAGCAUGGCUGCCCUUCACGAGAGCUUCAUCUCCUCCAUGAGCUACGGCGCCAGCCCGCCCAAGUUCCCCUCCUCGCACUCCCCCGAGGGAGAACUGUGCACCAGCCCCAACUCCAACGACCCCAAGAUCUGCUACGUGUGCAAGAAGAGCUUCAAGAGCUCCUACAGUGUCAAACUGCACUACAAGAACGUGCAUCUCAAAGAGAUGCACGUGUGCACCGUGUCCGGCUGCAACGCCGCCUUCCCCUCCCGACGGAGUAGAGACAGGCACAGCUCCAACAUCAACCUGCAUCGCAAACUGCUUACCAAAGAGCUGGACGACAUUGUCCUGGACCCCCAACUCACGCCGCUGCCCAAGGACCUGCGCGCCGAGUUCCUGGCUAAGAUCUACGCCGGGCACCACUUGGGCCUGGACGCCAUGGCAGGGGCGGGCAUUGGCGGCGCCAGCCUGGGGGGAGGAGGGCUGAACCGUGAAGCCAGCUCCCCGGCAGGCACCGAUUACCCCCACCCCCACCCCCACCACUACGCCCCCCCAGACGACUACAUGGUGCUGGACCUGAGCACCGCGUCCAGCGUUCAGUCCAGCGGGUCAGUCCAUUCAUCACGCCAGUCGGACGAGGGCAGCGACGAGGGCAUCCUAUUGGAUGACCUGGAGGAGGGAGGGGUCAGCGACGAGGAGGACUGCUCCCAGCAUGCCCCGGGGCAGGCAGGGGACGGGAGGCGGCGGGACCAGGUCGGCGAGGGAGGAGUCGGAGGAAGAUCGGAAGAAGGUCUGACCGGCGCCGACCCCUCCUCCUCGCCGACCGUCCUGUCUUCCACCGGUGGCAGUGGUGGGAUCCUGUGCAGCAUCUGCCACAAAGUGUACAGCAACAAAGGGACCCUACGCGUGCACUACAAGACUGUGCACCUGCGCGAGAUGCACAAGUGCAAAGUGGCCGGCUGCAACAUGAUGUUCUCCUCGGUGCGCAGCCGCAACCGCCACUCUCAGAACCCCAACCUCCACAAAAACAACGUGCCCUUCACCACCAUGGUAGACUAGCCCAACCCCAUGGCCCUCGUCUGGCCAACUCUACCCCCUUCCUCGACUCCCUUCUCACCCCAAACCAUGAGCUCUUACCCCCAGGAACUACACCUUACCACCCCUAGACGUCAUGCACCACAGUUCUCUUUCCCUUCGAUGAGAUCCAGUGACUAUAUACAGUAAGCGUUGUGACUUUUGACCUUUCCUUCUUUGGAAGAACGAGGAUGAGACACUUGAAGUGUCUUUAUUCCAAAAACUGGCCCUGCCGGUUUCCCAUAAACCCCAUUUCCUAUUUCCCAUAUGUCUUUGUUUUUGUCCAUCUCCAAAGAAUCUAUUCAAACUCUUAUUUGUGACUGUUGCCUGCAGAAAUGAUAAAAAUAUAAAUCUUCUUGUUGUAUUUGUGUAAUGAUAGCUUUUAAAGGAAACCCCAUACAAGAGCAUGACUGCUUCAUUUGUAAAUAAUAUGUCCCAAGAGGCUAUUGGUGUAAAACAAUUGUAUUUGAUGGUUGUUAGCUAUUUUUCUGUUUCUCUUUUUGGUUUUUAUGUUACAGUACAAUACUUCCAGCGCUAAGGUAGGCAAGAAAGAGGUAGCAUCUUUACUAGCUUGACUCAUUUAUGUUAGUUUAAAAACCAUUUUUUAAACUGAGAAGGAGAAGAACUAAUGAUCAUGUGACUUGUUGUAUCUACUUGUUAGAUAUGCGGAGGUUGCCGGCAUGCUUUGUUUUUUGGGCUCCUACACCAAUAUCAUUCUCUGUUCUUUUGUUUUUGUUAUCAUUUAUAGCUUUUACUAUACCAAGUCAGUUUUUCGCACUUUGCAACUAUACAAGCGGGAUGUGUAAUAUUAUUACAAGGACUUUGCAAUGGUUUUGGUUUCCGCGAUGUUCGGGGUCUGAGACGGCCACAGUGCCAAGGGGAAAUGACAUACUUGUGGAAGGUUUAUUUUUUUUGCACGUGUUCAGUUUCAAAAAUGCUAUUUCACAACAAAAGACCCAUAUUUCUCCUGAACGAAUCCAAACAUCCGGCCCAUUUACUCAAAUAAUCGUAUUCAGAAAAAGCCUAAGUAUUUCUACUCUACCAGAUACAAUAACUGACUACAAUACAGCUGCUGUUUUUCAAGGCAGAAGAUUUAAGUAUUGAGGAAUUUAAUUUGUGUUAUUUUCAUUUCAAGGAGUGUAAACCCAGUGUGUGACUGUAAUAUCACAGUACUUAGCUACAGAGGUUGAAGUAGGCUAAUCUUUCUACUGCAUGUGGUAUUUGUGACCUAAAACAAGCGUUGGUUGAGUGUCCUAUUAUUUUAUACACGUUUCCAUGCAAAAAAUGGCCAUCCUAUCAGAAGUAUUGUGAAUGUCACAUUGAUUAUAAAACAAAGAAAUAGUCCUUAAACUGUGACCAAAACAAAAAGAAGCAUUGGUUUUUAAAACAUCUAUAUUUUUCCGCCAUACAGUUGUACUUUAACUUACACCCCAUAAGUUGAUAUGAUGCACUUGAGUCUUAAGCCUUUUGCUAUAUUUUUUCAGUAUUGAUUUCCAUUGCUGAUUGUCAGCUUCAAAGGUGAACUCUGUGAAACUCUGUCGCCAUUGCCUGGCUGUUUUCGGAGUUAUUUGCAGCCAUUUUCCUUGUUUCCAUACACAUCUUAAGGUACAAAUGUUUCAGAUAACUAGGCAAAGUAGCCAGGGGAAGGGGUAUUUAUUGGCGGGUGAUGUCAUCUUGAUGCAGAUGUCUUGUCCAAUAUCAAUUCCUUUUUUUUCAAGAAAAGAAAGACAGAUCGGUCUUCAUUUUGAGUCUGUGCCCUUGAGUUGAUGGUUAUUAUUGUGUUUUUGUCGUGUUACUAUGGAUGUGAAAAAAUUGAGAGCUCCUCUUUCUUGAUUGGUGCUUAUCUAAAGGGGAUAAAAACGCACAGUGUUACGUGGUAUACAGUAUUCAAACCCCCGUUAUAUCCAUGAAAGUGUUGGACAGUUUGUUUUUUAUGACUAUUUUGCAAUGGGCAUGAUGGACACUUUGAUGGACACGUUGGUGUCAACUCUUAAGACUUAGCUUCUCCUCUCUCUACCAACCUCCACGACACUGGCAGCAGGCUUCACCCCUCUCCUCUCUCUACCAACCUCCACGACACUGGCAGCAGGCUUCACCCCUCUCCUCUCUCUACCAAGCUCCACGACACUGGCAGCAGGCUUCACCCCUCUCCUCUCUCUACCAACCUCCACGAUACUAGCAGCAGGCUUCACCCCUCUCCUCUCUCUACCAACCUCCACGAUACUGGCAGCAGGCUUCACCCCUCUCCUCUCUCUACCAACCUCCACGACACUAGCAGCAGGCUUCACCCCUCUCCUCUCUCUACCAACCUCCACGACACUGGCAGCAGGCUUCACCCCUCUCCUCUCUGAAGAGAGAGAGAAAGAGCUGAGUGAAAGGGGUUGCGGAGGUGGAGGGCUGACUUGAGAGGAAGGAGGGAUGACAGUGAGUAUCAUUAAAAACGUGCUGUUCCACCGUUACCUGGAGGCCUUCUGACGCUGAUCUGUCUAAUAACUCACUUGUCACUUCAUUACACCACCAGACGUGAAUGUUGCCGACAGGACUGUGACGCCGACAGAGAUCCAAACCGCUCUCUCUCUCUUUCACCACUCUCUCUCCCUGAGAGAAACCA